CGGUGAGGCUAGAACCCCGAGCGUGGUCGGUUGGAGCAAAUAUGUCUGUCCGGAGGCACAUUGGGAAUCCUGAGUAUCUAACCAGAAGGAUACCACAAAACCCAAGGUAUCAGCAUGUCAAAUCAAGACUAGACACUGUGAGCAAUUCAGAGUUAAUCCCAAGAAAUCAAGAAUUUUGUGGCAUCUCCAGUCUUCACCCAAAUCGCCUUCCACUGAGUUCUUCAAAGCCAGAUAUCUUCUUCCUGGGUGCCUGAGUGUAUCUUCCCAGCUCCCCAGCACUGCCAGACUGUGCCCGGAAUGGAUUAUGCUUCCGAUGAAAUCCCUGCCGGCAUUUUGUUCAGUCACCACCGCAGGGUCCUUGUGUAUUCUCAAGCACCCUCUCUGGGUUUCUGCUCUGUAGCCCUGCAGGCUGAUUAAGGGACAAUUUCCAAACCACAGGGCUCUCCCUUUGUUAGUCUUCUACACUCUUUCAUUUCUGGCAUUCUCUCGUUUCAAUCUAUAUUCAAUCUAAUUUCAAAUUUCUUUAGCUUUCUAAAAUUCCAUAGACUAUUUCCACUCAGUCUUUUCUAGCCAUUUUUAAAUUUUUUAAAAUUCACCUUACUUUUCUUAUCUCUAUACAAACUAGUCAUUUCCUUUUUUUCUUCUUAGUCUUUACUUUUCCUGAAUAUCUGCUAAUAGCCUUGAUCUUAAGCACUGAAACUCAUUACAGACUAGGUACUCUUCAUCUUUACUUGGUAUUUAAUUCUGUUUCUUACGCCAAAGGAAGAAAUGUAUGUGAAAGCCUUUUACAAACCAGAAAGCACUAUGCGCUCGUAUAACUUAUUGAGAUUAACAAAGGACCUCUGUGCCUCUUUUCACGCUUUCUGCUCCUUCCGAGCCAAAAGAACUUCUCCAUAGAGGAGGGAAAUAUUGAAGAAAAAUAAAGCAGUGGAAUUGUCUCUUAGCAACUGAGUUCCUGCCUUAUAAAUCUUAACCACUUUAGAUUACUGCUGCUCAAAAUCACUUGCUUUUCUUACUGGCUCAGUACAAAUAAGGUUAUUACAUUAUAGGAAAACAAAGGAAAAACUCUAAUGAAUGAGCCCCUCAGUUCAUUGAUUGUGCUGUAUCUUUGCUUAGCAAUAUCAAUAUAGUUGAGUUGUCUCUUUCUCUUGAUUCCACUUGUAAAGCCUUUUUAUAUAUCUUUUUUUGCAACUUAAAUUAUAAACUAAGUAGAGGCUAAAUACCACCUUAUACCACCUUUCUGUUACCUGAGUCCUGAAACAAUUUGGUCAUUUAAAUAGUAUGUAACAUAUAUGUACUAUAUAUAAAUCAAGUUGUGUAUAGCUUAGAGAAAAUCAGGCGUCCAAAAACUCAAAGCAAAUUAGGGUAUGAUUAUUUACAUUAUAAUAUGAUCCAUUAUAAGGAUUCUUCAACUAGUAAAUUUUCAUAGUAUUUCUCAUUUAGCAAAUAUUUUUGAGUGCCUCCAACACUAGACAGUGGAAAGGAUAAAGGUAUUCUGUGUGUGUGUUUGUGUGUCUAUGUGUGUGUAGUUAUUUUAGGCUUUCAGUAUAAUAAGAUAGAUACGACUUACACACAAAUAAGGCAGUAUAAUGAUAAAUGCCCUGUGACUGGUAAGCUGAGUUCUGUAGAAGUUCAGAGGAGGGAAAGGUCACUUCCAGCUGGGUGAGCUAUUAUGAUUACGUGGGCAAGGUGACAUGUUAGAGUGCCAAAGACUCACAGCGAGUUUGUCAAGUUUAGUAAUUAAGGCAAGAUUGAAGAGGUAGUAAGAUGUUGGCGUCUUCAGCAGUAGAACAAGGAGUUUAAACUUCAGUCAGUAAGCAGUGGGGAGCCACUGACUUUCUUUUUUAAUCAAAGUCUUGUCUAGGAAAAUUUAUCUGGCAGUAAUGUGUAAUUUCAAUUAAAAAAAAUUAUUCUGUUGAUAGUCUUUUAGCCUCCUUACUUUUGUAUAAAGUAAAAAUAUGUUUAUAAAUAAGUCAAUUAUAAAAUAGAUUCAUUUGUAUUCUUUUUAAAAGGUAGUCAAAAAGCUGUUUUCAGAUGAAAUUAGAUCCAGUAAGAUGAGCUGCUUAGUUAAGAUACAAGCAGUACAUGAAGUGGGGUAAAAAUACUACUUUUCAUACUUUCUAAAAUCAUUUUUAGGGAUUUUUUUGUGUGUUGCUUAGUCAUUUCUCCAAUUAAAGCAAUGCAGAAAUCUUCCAUUUUCUUUUAUUUCCCCCCUACAGGAAACAAUGAAUAGCCAUAAUGAAAAAAGCUUCUUAUCAAUAGCACUCUUAGAUUUGUUCUUAAUUUUGCCAAGUAUUUGUACACCUCUGCAAAAGACUUUGUUUCUCUGCCUUCUCUUUUAGUGGAAAAAAUAAUCAGUAGGAAUGAAAACAUACCUCACAGGGUCAUUGUGAGGCUCUGCUGGUACAAAGAUGAAGUGCUGUGUAAAUAUUCUGAAAAUGUUGUUAACUGACUGAGAAAUGGAUUUUAGACACAUUGUUAGUGGAAACUGCUAUAGACUGGAAAUGCAGUGUUUUAAUAAUAAAGACUAUAUGAUAAGGCUGGCUAUUAUUUCCCAUGCAUAGCAUGCCUCAGGGAAUUUGAGAGCAUGAAAUGGUUCCCACCUGCUACUAUGAAGAAAGUAACACUUCCUACAUAUUUACCUCACAGUGAAAUCAUGUUUUUAAAACAGCACAGCUAGAGAAGCAGUGUGUUUCUGUGAGCCAUGUUAGAAACCAGGAGGUUGGGAAUAUUAAUCGACUUAGUUACUAACUUGCUAUGUCUCCAGUCAAGUCAGUGGACCUUUUUGUACCUCAAUUUUUCAACAGUUCUGGAAGGAGUCCUGAAGCUUCUCCAACGAAAAGAAACUAACUGGCACGUCAAUAGCCUGGCACUGUAACAGUAUGACUAAAUACAUUGAGAAGCUAGAAGAGAUCAAAAAAAAUUAUAGAUACAAAAAAGAUGAGCUUUUCAAGAGACUAAAAGUAACAACUUUUGCCCAGCUGGUCAUCCAGGUUGCAUCCCUAUCUGAUCAAACACUGGAAGUGACAGCUGAGGAGAUUCAAAGGCUAGAAGACAAUGAUUCUGCAACUUCAGAGCCUGAUGCCGAAAUCACUGCCAAGACCAACGGGAAUGGGAGCCCUGGGGAGCAGUCGCCAAGCCCCGUCCAGUUCAUAAACAGUGAGGGAGCCGGGGACUUUAGCCGCUCGACUCUUCAGAGCGUCAUCAGUGGUGUUGGGGAACUGGAUCUAGACAAAGGGCUUGUGAAGAAAACAGAGCCCAAUACCAAAGACAAACCUUAUCCCGACUGCCCUUUCCUGCUGCUAGAUGUGCGAGAUAGAGACUCUUACCAGCAGUGCCACAUUGUUGGAGCUUACAGUUACCCAAUUGCAACUCUGUCUAGAACAAUGAACCCUUACUCAAAUGAUAUUCUUGAGUAUAAAAACGCCCAUGGCAAGAUCAUCAUCCUGUACGAUGACGAUGAGAGGCUGGCCAGCCAGGCGGCCACCACCAUGUGCGAGCGGGGGUUUGAGAACCUCUUCAUGCUUUCCGGAGGUCUAAAAGUCUUAGCUCAGAAAUUCCCAGAAGGACUGAUUACAGGUUCCCUGCCAGCGUCUUGCCAGCAGGCCCUUCCUCCUGGUUCUGCUCGGAAACGAUCCAGCCCCAAAGUGCUGCCCCUACCAGCUGAGAAUAAAUGGAGAUUUACCCCAGAAGACCUAAAGAAAAUAGAAUAUUACCUGGAAGAGGACCAGGGUCCUGCAGACAAUCCUAGCCGGCUGAGCCAAGCUAACGCUUCUGGAAGAGAUGCCAAGGUUCCAGGUACCCGCAGUGGUCAGAACCUCCCCGCGGGGGGCCCUGCCAGCCACCAGAAUCCCCGCUCACUGGGCAGUGGCCACCUGCAAGGCAAACCCUGGAAGUAAAAGACUUUGUCUGCCUUAGUCAAAUAAAUGUUUUCUCUCCUUUUGGAACCCCAAGCAGUUCCCAAGGUGGUCAUUUCAGAAACUGCUGCAAAGACCUAAGCUUGUGUAUCAGGCCCUCUUCCUAUCUCCAACUGCUUUCCCACAUCCAGCUUGGGAAGGAUUUUUACAAAAACCAGAGGCAUGACAGGCUCUAGUGUCCUCCCUAUUGUUUACAGAAUAUUUAAGUCUCUGAAACUGAGUAGGAAAAAAGUCUUAAUUUUUUUAGGCUUUCAUUUUUUAAAAAAUAAGGUCGAGUUUGUUUUGGUCUGUAUCCUGCAUUGUUUUGUAACUACUUCAGGCACAUCUGUGUGUCCUUCCCAGCCAGUUCUUUUUCACUUAGUGUUCUUGGUUUCACAAAGGUUCUCUAGGUAGGCUUUGUGGCCUGAGAAGCUGCCCCUGGGGGUGCGGAUGAUUCAUAGCUCUCAGCCGCCACCAGGGUCCCCAUCAGGUGUGGACCUGCUGGCUCAGGAGCUUUUUGCCCAGCACCCACCCGAGGCAGGUUCUGCCUUGAGUUUGGAAGCCGAUACCUGUGAGCAUUACUCAGUUAAGAUUUAGUAGCCGCUGUCACGUGUGUGCAAAGCUCCCCCUCACAAGAUGUUCUCCUAGGGCCAGCACAGGUGAUGAUGUGUGCCCAGCCACCCUCAUGGGAAAGCCCUAUCCACUGUACAGGGCUGGGUUGAGAGUCAUUCAUUGAAGCCCCCUGGAGUCGUCCCUCAUUUGUGGUUGGUUUAUUAGUUGUAAAUUUCCAUUAUCCAGCUCAGGCAUAUCCAUAUUAGAUGGGUAGAAAUUAUGGCCAGUUGAAAACACUGGCUGUGGUUGGGUCACUACCAGCCCACAAGGUGAGGACGACUCCACAGUCCUUUGUCAAAGCUGACAACCCCUUAAAUCCUUGCUUAAAAAUACAGUAUUAGUCUAAUUGAGUAAUUAGUGCAAUUUCCUGCUUACUUUUCAUUCUCAUGACUGAGCUGUGAUUAGGAGGUUGUGAUUAUAGAUUCUUGUUUGGCCAGAAUUUUGAAUCGGCAUUAAUUGAAUUGCUAGAUGACUGACAUUCAUUCCAUUUAAUUGGGGGAACAAAAGACCUCAGGUAAGGAUGAGGAGCUCUGAAAUCAUCAGGAAAAGGAAAAAGAGGCUUGUUAAUUUUUACAGCCUGUGAUCUGUAGUUGUGAUAAGGGACUGAGGAAUAAAUUGUGCUCUUUGUCAUGGCAACCAGCCUCUGAAAAGCCAGCUGAAAAUUGCCUAUCCUUAGGUGGUUAUUGCUGCUGGGUAAGAUUUGUCUUAACAGGACUAUUUUUCUCACCACCAAAAAAAAAAAAAAGGUAUCACAGUAUUUCCAGCAUGGGAAGCUGUAUUUGUAGGAAAAAUAAAGGUAAUAAAUAUCUUAUAGAGACAUAUGGAAAAAUAACUUUCAGAUUCAGCCCAGUUCUAUUUUAGUGUGUUUAUUCUUCUCUACUUGAUUUCCAAAGUGCAACAUUUUCCGAUGCUUUAGAAAUCAAACAAACCAGGGACAUUGUUCAGAUGUCAAGCCGUGCCCAAUUUUCCAUAAGAUUCAAGAAUCUUGUAUAAAAUUCAGCCAACGUACACAAAGCUUUAAUGAGGAGCCUGUCAUGUUUCCCCAUAAAUUUAUUGCCUGAGAACUAAGUUCAGCCUUUUGCUAAUGCCAAAAUGCUCUGGCUUUUUAUUUUCUUUACAGCAUAGAUUUUUUUAAAUGCAAAUUUUUCCACAUUCAACUUUCCCCUAGCAUAGACAAGAUUUUCAGCCAUUUUGGACACAUAUACAUUUUUAAGAAAAAAAAUUUUUUUUCUCUGUGACAGAGUUCUGUUUAUUCCAUUUUCAAGUUGACCAGUCAGGAGUCUAGAUUUCCCCCACUGGAUUCAGUUUUACAAGUAAGUGGUAGCCCCUUUUGUUUCUAUUCUGCAUUCCCAUCACCACACAACACUGGAGUGUUUGAAAUGACUAUGUAUGUGUGCACAGUCAGUGUAGCCAAACCUAUUAGAAUUGCUGUGCAUUUAGUUGAGAGAUCUGGCAGGUUGACUAUAUUGAUGUGUGUUUCUCCGUAGUGCUUUGCCUGUUGGUAAGGGUUUUAAAUAACUACUCCUCAAAGACCUGUUCUCAUUCUGUACUUUGUGUGUUAAAUGUCACUCGCAGACAGUUUUUACAUGCUCACGGUAUUGCUCUGAAUGUUCUACAUUACUAGUUUCUUCAUUAGAUUAACUGACAUGUAUUAUUUAAGUGAUCUGUGAUACUUUGUGCAAUUAUGAAUGUUGACAAUUAAAGUACAUAGUUCUUAA